AUCAUACAGUAUUUCAUCUUAAUACGGAGACAAGAUCUUCUGAUGGAAAUAAAACUACAACUAUUUGACAUGGUUAUUACCCCGGAAGGCCGACUGGGAUCCCGGCGUCUGCUGCUCUCCUUUCUGCUCCUCGCAGUCUGGAAGGUCGGGAGCGGCCAGGUCCACUACUCCGUCUCCGAGGAGGCCAAACACGGCACCUUCGUGGGCCGCAUCGCGCAGGACCUGGGGCUGGAGCUGGCGGAGCUGGUGCCGCGCCUGUUCCGGGUGGCGUCCAAAGGCAGCGGGGACCUUCUGGAGGUAAAUCUGCAGAAUGGCAUUCUGUUUGUGAAUUCUCGGAUCGACCGCGAGGAGCUGUGCGGGCGGAGCCUGGAGUGCAGCAUCCACCUGGAGGUGAUCGUGGACCGGCCGCUGCAGGUCUUCCAUGUGGAGGUGGAGGUGAGGGACAUUAACGACAACCCGCCUGUGUUCCGUUUAAAGGAACAAAGAAUGCUGAUUUACGAAUCUAGGCUGCCAGAUUCUCUGUUUCCACUAGAGGGCGCGUCGGAUGCGGAUGUUGGCUCAAACUCCAUUUUAACCUAUAAACUCACUUCCAGUGAAUACUUUGCGCUAAAUGUGAAAACAAACAGUGAUGACAAUACACAAAUUGGGCUCGUGUUAAGAAAAUCCUUGGACAGAGAGGAGGCUCCCGAACAUAGCUUACUCCUGACGGCCACUGACGAAGGCAAACCUGAGCUCACGGGCGCCGUUCAGCUGCUGGUCACCGUGCUGGACGUGAAUGACAAUGCUCCCAGUUUCGAACAGUCUGAAUAUGAAGUAAGAAUAUUCGAAAACUCCGACAACGGAACAAUAGUUAUCAGACUGAAUGCUUCUGAUCGGGAUGAAGGAGCGAAUGCAGAGAUUUCAUACUCUUUUAUCAGCACGACUCGCGCCCUGGACGAGGCGGACUUGCCGCGCCAGCGCCUGCUGGUGCUGGUGAAGGACCACGGCGAGCCCGCGCUGACGGCCACGGCCACUGUGCUGCUGUCGCUGGUGGAGAGCGGCCAGACACCGAAGGCCUCCUCACGGACGUUGGAGGGCGCCGCGGGCCCACGGGUGGCGCUGAUGGAUGUCAAUGUGUACCUGAUCAUCGCCAUCUGCGCUGUGUCCAGCCUGUUGGUGCUCACGCUGCUGCUGUACACGGCGCUGCGGUGCUCGGCGCCGUUGGAGGGCGCGUGCGGGCCGGGGAAGCCCAGGCUGGUGUGCUCCAGCGCGGUGGAGAGCUGGUCGUAUUCACAGCAGAGGAGGCAGAAGGUGUGCUCUGGGGAGGGGCCGCCCAAGACCGACCUCAUGGCCUUCAGUCCCAGCCUUCCACCCUGUCCAGUAGCGACAGAUGUGGUGGAGCAUCAGGAUUUAAAUGAUGAUCAUUAUGCCAAAACCGGGAGCGGCCAGGUCCACUACUCGAUCUCCGAGGAGGCCAAACACGGCACCUUCGUGGGCCGCAUCGCGCAGGACCUGGGGCUGGAGCUGGCGGAGCUGGUGCCGCGCCUGUUCCGGCUUGACUCUCGGUUUCCACUAGAGGGCGCCUCCGAUGCAGAUAUCGGGGAGAACGCUCUGUUGACUUACAGACUGAGCCCCAGUGAGUAUUUCUCUCUGGACGUACCAACCAACGACGAGCAAGUAAAACCUCUCGGACUUGUAUUACGGAAACCUUUAGACAGAGAAGAAUCUCCAGAGCUUCAUUUAGUGCUCACGGCCACUGAUAGAGGCAAACCGGAGCUGACUGGCACUGUUCAGUUACUCGUCAAAGUGCUGGACGCCAAUGACAACGCCCCAGCUUUCGAUAGAACACUCUAUGCGGUGAAAUUACCAGAAAAUGUUCCUAAUGGAACGUUGGUAAUUAAACUUAAAGCCUCAGACUUAGACGAAGGCUUGAAUGGGGAUAUUAUUUACUCAUUCUCUAGUGACGUUUCUUCAGAUAUAAAAUCUAAGUUCUACAUAGACCCCAUAAGUGGGGAAAUUAUAUCAAUAGGACAUAUCGAUUUUGAAGAAAGUAAGGCCUACAAAAUUCGAGUAGAGGCAAUCGAUAAAGGCUUUCCGUCCCUGGCUGGUCACUGUACAGUUCUUGUGGAAGUUUUGGACGCUAACGACAAUGCUCCGGAGUUGACUGUUACUUCCCUGUCUCUCCCUGUCUCAGAGGAUGCUCAGCCGGGAACAGUCAUCACCUUGAUUAACGUGUCUGACCGAGAUUCUGGAGCUGACGGGCAAGUGACCUGCUCACUAACACCUCAUGUCCCCUUCAAGCUGGUGUCCACCUUCAAGAAUUACUAUUCACUGGUGCUGGACAGCGCCUUGGACCGCGAAAGCGUGGCGAAUUAUCAGCUGGUGGUGACCGCGCGGGACGGGGGCUCGCCUUCUCUGUCGGCCACCGCCAGCGUGUCCGUGGAGGUGGCCGACGUGAACGACAACGCGCCGACGACUCGCGCCCUGGACGAGGCGGACUUGCCGCGCCAGCGCCUGCUGGUGCUGGUGAAGGACCAUGGCGAGCCCGCGCUGACGGCCACGGCCACCGUGCUACUGUCCCUGGUAGAGAGCGGCCAGGCGCCUAAGGCCUCGUCGCGGGCGUCGAAGGGCACCACCGACCCAGAGGUGACUCUGGUGGAUGUCAACGUGUACCUGAUUAUCGCCAUCUGCGCUGUGUCCAGCCUGUUGGUGCUCACGCUGCUGCUGUACACGGCGCUGAGGUGCUCGGCGCCGCCCACCGAGGGCGAGUGCGGGCCGGGGAAGCCCAGGCUGGUGUGCUCCAGCGCGGUGGAGAGCUGGUCGUAUUCACAGCAGAGGAGGCAGAGGCAGCAGAGGGCGUGCUCUGGGGAGGGGCCGCCCAAGACCGACCUCAUAGCUUUUAGCCCCAGCCUUCCUCAGGGUCCCAAAUCUACAGACAACCCGCUUGAUGUCGCUGUCUACAAAGAAGUUCUGUCUAGCCAAGAUCCAGACUUUCCUCUAACAGUAUCUGUCUCUAAAUGCCGAACAAUGGCGGAUGCAGCGGAAUUGGAUUAA